AGCAGAGCACACCUGGCCCUGGAGGAGCACACCGGGGAGGCCUGGGGAGGUCUGGUCCACAGAAAUGGAGCCCGGAUGUGGAAGCCCUUCUGUGCUGCCCCACUGGCCCCAGCCUAAGCGGCAGCCUGCCCUGUGGCCAACCCUGGCCGCUCUGGCCCUGCUGAGCAGCGUCGCCGAGGCCUCCCUGGGCCCCGCGCCCCGCAUUCCCGCCCCGCGCCUCAGCCCCGCUCCGGCCCCGGCGCCCCCCACCGGCCACCCGCCGGGGGGCCGCGCGGGCCGCACGUGCGGCGGAAGAGCCCGGCGGCCGCCGCACCCGCCCCGGCCCGCGCCCCAGCCGCCCGCGCCCUCGCCCGCGCCGCCCCGCGGGGGCCGCGCGGCGCGAGCCGGGGGCCUGGACGGCCGCGCGAGCCGGGGGAGCCGCGCGCGGACGGAGGGGGCGCGGGGCUGCCGCCUGCGCUCGCAGCUGGUGCCGGUGCGCGCGCUCGGCCUGGGCCACAGCUCCGACGAGCUGGUGCGUUUCCGCUUCUGCAGCGGCUCCUGCCGCCGCGCGCGCUCCCCGCACGACCUCAGCCUGGCCAGCCUGCUGGGCGCCGGGGCCCUGCGGCCGCCCCCGGGCUCGCGGCCGGUCAGCCAGCCGUGCUGCCGCCCCACGCGCUACGAGGCGGUCUCCUUCAUGGACGUCAACAGCACCUGGAGGACCGUGGACCGCCUGUCGGCCACUGCCUGCGGCUGUCUGGGCUGAAACCUCGCUCCAGGGCUUGCCGGACUGCACCCUUCCCCGCGGCUCCUCGCACCGCGGGGCCCUC